CGACUGCGUUGUAGCAGCGACCAGCCAACAGACGACCUGCUGGGUAAACAACAGUGGAUUCAUCGGAAGGCAGGAAUGGGAACUUCGUCGAGGGCAAAUAGUGAGAAAUUUCUAUCUUGUCAAAUAGAGCCAUAACACGGAGGUCGUAUUAUCUCUUCCGAGUCGACUGGGUUUCUUUUUCGAGCUAAAAUGGCUGAUUAUGAUCGAGUAUUUACUGGGUGAAGUGGAGCUAGCUUUAGCUUAGCUCAUAGCCAUCCGGGGCCCGCUGCCUUCGGUUUUGCUUCUCGGCACGGCUCGGGACUGUGUGUUGCCAGUUUCACAAUCCCGGCCGCUACUGUCCUCCGGGUCGCGAUUUCUGCGUACUACUAGGCCUGCUUAGUUGUGGUUAGGGUAACACGUAGAAAACUACCUGUUUUCACUGCUUGUCAGUAUUUCCCGCAAGAUUCAACCCCGCAUGUUGCGAAAAGGACGGUGACACAUUUUGAAAAAAGGACUUAAACCCAGGUUUUGUGACAUGCAGUGGUGAAAGGGCUAGAAAUUAAUGCAAGUGCACUUGGUCUUUGCCCCUUGAGGUCAGACCUGCCACCAUGAAGAGUGAGGUGCCAUCUGAGGCCGCCAGCAGAGAGGAGCAUAUGAAGGAGCAACUGGUGAACCCUGAACCUAUGGAGGCAGCCAAGAGCUUCCCUAACAACAUGGAGGUGAUUGGAAAGGCUGGCAGUGAUUUUGAAGCCCUUUGUGAGUCCAGGCAUCGGCCCCUGAGGGACACAGGGACACAUAGAGACUCAGAACGGAGCUUUCCUGGGCGUAGAAAACGAAAAGGCCAACAGGCAGGCCCAUCAGACUGCUCGCUGAAGGAGGGCCACAUCAGUGAAAGCUCACUGGCACCUCAGCGUCCCAGAGUAGAACUUUUGCAGCAGCCCAGUGAGGAUGAGCAUAAUCAUGAAUCCUCUUUUAGUGACUGUGCUUCUUCCCCUUCAUCCAGCCUGCGAUUUGGGGACUCAGAAACUCUUAGCUCGGAAGACGAGGGGGAAGCAGGAGCAACAGGAGGCCAACACAAGGCUCCUGCCUUGACAGCAGGUGGAGCCACCGGAGUCGGCUUGCGCCCUGUUCUGGGCCGAACUCGGGGCAAUCGUGGUCAUAAGUUGGUGCGGUCUGAUGCUGAGCCCGUGUUGCUGAAGCGACCGUGUCUGAGCAGCCGGCGGCCUCUGCAUAGGAAACGCUUUGUGAAAACGGCUCCUGGAGGAGGUCAGCGGACUCAGAAGCAAAAGGAGCGACUACUACAGCAGAGGAAGAAUCGUGAAAUGUUUGCACGUAAGAAGUAUGCUCUACACCAUAGCACCAGUAGUUCCAGCGAGGAGCUGAGCGGUGACUUGUCCUCUGACUCAUCUACUGAAGCAGAAGAUGAGAUGUAUGUAGAUGUCAGCAGCACCAGCAGCCAGCCCAACAGUGCUGCUGUGGCCUCAGGUGCUCUGGACGAAGAUGUGGUGGUGAUUGAGGCGUCUCCAGCUCCUGCUCCUGCUGUCCCUGCAAGUGAGGAGAUCAAUGUCACUUCAACUGACAGUGAGGUAGAGAUCGUCACAGUUGGAGAGGGAUUCAGGUCUCGCUCAGUGGGGGGUCUUGGCCGAAUGUGGGGUAAUAGUUGCUCCCAGAAUCGCCUCCAGGAGCCACGUGGACGUCACAGACUCUCCACCGUUAUUCAACCGCUGCGUCAGAAUGCUGGGGAGGUGGUGGACCUCACAGUCGAUGAAGAUGAUCUCUCAGUUGUGCCAACAACCUCUGGCAGCAUUCAGCCUCAAACAGUCAGGUCAUCCUCGUCAUCAUCAUCAUCAUCCCAUCAUGCCUCUACCUCAGAGCUCAAUGAUGCCCCAGGCCCUUCCACUAGCUGCCCAGGUUCAAUAUCUGAAAGUAUGCACACACAGAGGCCAAGUGGCUCUGCUCGCAUAGCACCAGAGGAUGACAACAGACCAGGUUUGUCAGGUACAACAGGAGAAAAUGCAGGCGCAGCCAUGCCCAGGCUCCCAUCCUGUUGUCAGCAGCACUCCCCGUGCGGAGGCCCCACCCCUGGUCACCUGCCCCUGAGCCACUCCCAUUCAAGCUGCUUGCAGGCAUCAUCUUCUCAGCAGACCAGCGGCUCACAGCACAGCCACAGCAACACUCAACACUUUCUCCACCAUGCCCAUCACCCAGCACCGCAGCCCCCAGGCACCGUGCUCUUUCAGGAGCCGACCUGCCCUGUGGUGCGACCCAGUGCUCUGCCUGCCCCCUGCGCUGGUGUCAGCAGCAGCAGCAACAGCAGUAGUAGCAGCAAUGCAGCCCACUACCAUGACCAGCAAACUCUACCAGUGGACCUGAGCAACAGCAGUGUUCGAAGCAGUGGAAACAGCGGGGCGAGUUUCCAUGGCAGCACUUCAGCCUUUGACCCCUGCUGCCCAGGUUCCACCUCACGGCCCCCUGCUUACGUUUCCCAGGCCACCCCUGGGCCCAGCCAGCCAAGUGUGGUGGACUCAUUCAACUCCCCCAUGGUGGCUCAGCCCCAGCCACAAACACAACCCCAGCCCUGCAGACAUUACAUGCACCCAACUUAUGGCCCUCUAACACGUUCACUGCAUCAUCAGCCCUCCUCCACCUGUCCUCAUUCUCAUGGGAACCCUCAGCUUACACCUCAGACCCCUGGACAAGGUGAAUUUCUCAUUCCCCACACCUUUCAUGGACCACUGUCAUCCCACCCGGCUGGCCAUGCUGUGCCGCCCGCCCCUCCCCCUUCUCUGUCUACCCACCACCUCCCUAAUUCAAGUGCCCAGCUUGCCCAACAUCUUCCCACAGACCACCAGACCUUGCCGCACCACAUGUCGACACUAGGAGCCUCAGUGCCGAGGCUCCAUCAGCACGACAUAAUGCAGAGGAUGGAGGUUCAGAGGCGCAGGAUGAUGCAGCAUCCCACGCGAGCACAUGAGCGUCCACCUCCACACCCCCACAGAAUGCACCCCAACUACGGCCAUGGACACCAUAUCCAUGUGCCACAAACUAUGUCUUCCCAUCCUCGCCAGCCUGAGCAGAGAACUGCAUGGGAGCUCGGCAUCGAGGCCGUGGCCCCGUUCCCUUCAGGGCACCUGCACUCCCACCUGCCCCACUACCACCCUCCCCCAAGACUGCACCACUUUCCCAUCCCCUUCAUGCACACUGGCAUAUCUGAAAUGACCUACCCGCACAUUAGGUACAUCUCAUCUAGAAUGACUGGCUUUGGAAGAACCUAUGAGGACCUGCUGCAUUUAGAGGAAAGACUGGGGACUGUGAACCGAGGAGCCUCUCAGGGAACCAUAGAGAGGUGCACUUAUCCACACAAGUACAAAAAGAAGGUGUUGGAGAGAGACAUUGACCAACAGUUAACCCCUGAAGCUUGGGCAUCUAUUGGGAAAAAUAUGCACGCAGCCCCAGAAUCGAGGAAGCUGCACGGUAAGCAAGACGAAGACGAGGGGGCAGACGAAGACACAGAAGAGAAAUGCACCAUCUGCCUGUCAAUACUGGAGGAGGGGGAGGAUGUCAGACGCCUACCGUGUAUGCACCUCUUCCAUCAGCUGUGUGUGGAUCAGUGGCUCCUCACUAAUAAGAAGUGCCCCAUCUGCAGAGUGGACAUUGAGGCGCAGUUGUCUGCUGAGAGUUGAUGCUGUUGUUUUUUUUUGUUUGUUUUGUCGUUGUUGUUUCCCCCUUUUUUUUUUUUUUUUUUUUUUUUUUUUCCUCUAACAACCCUUUUGUUGAAAAUUUAUGUUGAGAUCAGAUUAUUUCUCUUCAGUACUGCAGUCAACCAAAGAUGGCAUGAAUUACCUGUGCAGCAGCUAUACUGCAAGAAUAUUAAAAACAAACAAACAAAAAAACAUCUGACAAAAAAGCAUUGAGCCUAGAGUGCCAGCUAUCACAUGUAACUACAACAGCUAGAAUUCUCCAUUAAGGGUUUAAGAUUUUAUUGUAUUUAUAAAGCUUUUAUGUAGCUUCUGAUUGUUUCCUCAAGUGUCAUUUUCGUUCUGUUUCUCUGCAUGUUUCCUCGCAAUGCAUUUCUUUGCACAUAUAAUGUGGGCUCGACACAGCCUAACAAGUUGCAGGUGAGGAUAGCUGCUCUAGUAAAGAUGCAUUUCUGUAAACCUAAUGCCUUGCUUUACUAGAAUAGAAUGUCAACCUCCAGUUAAAAAAAAAGUACAACAAAAAAACAAAAAACAAACAUUGCAGGAUUCAUUUUACCAAUCAUUGUAUUGAUUAGUUUAUGUUUAGAAGAUGUGGAUUGUUAGUGAAAGAUGUUUUUUUUAAGUAAAUCAAGACAUUCCUAACUAGGGAACUAUGUUAACAGAUCAGCUGCUGUAUUAGUGCACACCCAGUAUUUCUAGAGUGGAAAUCAACUACGAUGUUCACCUCACUCCCAGAAUAUGCACAUGCUUUGCUACGAUUACACCCCACCCUGAACCCCCCCAGCACCUUCAUUUGACUACAACACCGUUACCACCACCAUCCGAUGUAUUUUAGAGGACAAGAAAAAGAAUGUCACCUCCCUCUCUUUGACUGUUCUUUCUAAACCCAACGAUUGUCGGGAUCUGCUGUGAAUCUUUUCUUCUUCGUUCUGUUUGGGGUUCCUUCCUGCAGACGGGCCUGCGGACGCUAGGUUUAUGUAAGAUGAUCUCAGGUCGACGCACGGCCCCGCAACCUGGGAUCAUUUUGUCACUUUGAUACUGGCAGUGGCGUUGACUUUUCUUUUCCUGUGUGUGUGUGUGUGUGUGUGUGUGUGUGUGUGUGUGUGUGUGUGCGUGCGUGCGUUCAGAGGGAAAUACACAGCUCAAUUUGAGAUGAAUAUUUACUGUUUGUUCUCACACGUCAAACCAUUUCACCCACCCUCCCUUUUGUCUCUCUGUAGUUGAGCAGCAGCGUCUGCUUCGGCCGCUGCAGAAAGAAAAAAACAAACAAACAAAAAAAAA